AUGUUUUUCCUAAAAGACCUAUCGUUGAACUUAACUCUACACCCAUCGUACUUUGGUCCACAGAUGGACCAGUACUUGAGAGACAAACUAUUGAGUGACGUCGAAGGAACAUGUACGGGUCAGUUUGGGUACAUCGUCUGCGUGUUGGAUUCUAUGAACAUUGACGUGGGCAAAGGCCGAGUGAUACCCACGUCGGGGAUGGCAGAGUUUGAAGUGAAAUAUCGUGCAGUGGUGUGGAAACCGUUCAAGGGGGAAGUUGUUGACGGCGUCGUCACCACGGUGAACAAGAUGGGGUUUUUCGCCGACGUGGGACCCUUGGCUGUGUUUGUCAGCACCCAUCUAAUACCUUCGGACAUGAAAUUUAACCCUUCAGCAAACCCACCGGCAUAUUCGAGUCCCGACGAGAAUAUAGAAAAGGGCUCCAAGGUGAGGUUGAAGAUUGUUGGCACGAGGACGGAUGUCAAUGAAAUUUACGCUAUAGGAAGCAUAAAAGAAGAUUACUUGGGACCAAGCCCGAUGUGA